CAAACGGAAAAAGGCGUUUUGACUGACGUGUUGAUGUUAUCAAUUUAUUCAAUUACAAUUUAUAAGAUUAAAGAUAUUUUUGAAGAGAUUAGGAAUUUCCUGUUAAACGGAUAGUAUACAUUCCUUAAUUACAUCACGGUGCUUGUGUUAUCACUUAUCACACAGUAUCGAGCACAGUAACGCCUUCUGUCGGCGCCGGAGCACUUCAUUACAAAGUUGUGGUCACUCCAGCAGUAGACUGGUUAACUCAACUUUGAUCAGUGCAACCAACAUGGUGUAAAUCUUAUGAAAGCAGUAACGAUGUGUUUGCCGAUGGAAGUUUGUUGUUGUUGUGUCAGUUUGGAACUGGGAACUAAGAUACUGGGUGUGGUGCACAUGGUGUUAACAACACUAAUAUCACUGGUGUACGGGCUGGUGUCUGCACAACUCGACUAUCUGGAGCCCCAGAGACGCCUGUUCUACGGCCUGGUGAGCGCCUCGGCCGCCGCCGCGCUGCUGCCCACCUGUCUUAUGACAUAUGGAGCUUUUAAGCAAAAAGCAAAGUGUCUGUGGCCGUGGGUGGUGUUAUCAUGGGUGUCGAGUGUGGUGCUGGUGGGCAUGGCGCUGCUGGGCACGGUGCUGAUGGCCCUGCCAGCAGAAGGGAGCAGCUCUACCGACAUCAGUACAAUGGUUUCCGUGUACUUUGUUUACGCUGUGAUACUGUACUACUCGUCGUGCGUGGUGGAGAGCCGGCGCGUGGAGCUGAUGCUGGAGGAGAGGAGCGAGGUGGAGCGGCGGCUGAUGAGGAGCAGGCGCGCGCCUCGCCUUCCUCACACGCUGCUCUAUGAAGGAUACGAGGCCGCGGUCUGACUUCAACUAUCUGGCUAUCGGUGUUUGUUAUAACUUUACUGUGUUAAAUCCAUACUCAGGUCGUUAAGGGAGAACCUUAGCGUAGAUUUAGUAUGAGAAAUCCACUAAUUAAGCGACGAUUAAAAGAUGGAUGCGACAGUAAUUGCUUAAGUUUAAGUUAGUAUUGAUAUUAAAAGGCUGAUUAAAUUAGGCAAAUUCAAACCUUUUUAAGUUUUUCAAUUUCCAAACACCUUGCACAUGAUGACGCGUUGUUCAUAAGACAUAAGAGUUGAUAUACAAAGAUGUAAGUAAUCAGUUGUCCGCUCAGCGAGACAAUACGCGGCGACAUGGCGACGCGUCCAACUGGAAAAUUCAACGAUUAACUAAGGAUGGGAUACAACGUAUCGAAACUGUAUGUUCGACAAUGUUAACCAAAAAUAUUUUAAAAGUGCUAAAAGAGGGUUAAAGAUAAAAUCAUC